UGCUGUGCCUUAAGUCAGUGCUGUGAGGUAUCUGUCAAAGGAGGGAGAGACGCUUGUGAAUGGUGAGUGAACUGUAUAAAAUAGACUAUGUAAAUAUUGAAUAUACAUUUAAAUACAACUUCAUGUAAUAUCACUUUAUGUCGUCCUGUGUGUGGUCACUUUAACAUGUUGUCGCUCUUUGUUCUCUUUCAGCUCUAAUCUCUGUGGAAAGACAAACAAUAAGGGACAACACAAACUUUUUUUCCUCCUGGAGAACUUUACCCCCCCCCCCCCACCCCUGAGUAUUCCUUUAUUUGGUGGACAAUGGGCUCACGGAAGACGCCGACGCCACGCUCCUCUUUUGGCAGCAGCAGGUCCAGCAGUGGGGAUGAUAUCAGAGGGAGUAGCCGGCCUAAUGGCUGCAGCUACCUCUCUAACGUGAGGCCAGAGAACAGGAGCACGCUCUGCAGCAUGAUGGCACAGUUAACCGAGGAAACACAGCCCUCCUUCGAAGUGACCCUCAAAUCAAAAGCUGUGUCUGAGAACUGCAAUGUGAAGUUCUCUUGUAUGGUUACAGGAAACCCUACUCCUCAGAUUAUCUGGUAUAAGGACGAUGUGCAGUUAGACAGAUACUGCGGGCUGCCUAAAUAUGAAAUAUUCCGCAAUGGACAAAACUAUUCCCUGCACAUUUACAAUUGCACUGUGGAGGAUGCAGCCAUAUACCAGGCCUCAGCCAGCAACACUAAAGGUAUCGUGUCCUGCUCCGGGGUUCUGGAGGUGGGUGAAAUGAACGAGUUCAAGAUCCACCAGCGCUACUUUGCCAAGCUCAAACAAAAGGCUGAGAACAAACGCAGGGAAGCGGAAGGUAAAGAAAACCAGGAGCCGCUACGAACCAUCAGUCCAGACCGCACGCAGAGGAAGCGCCGCUCCACAACGGACGCCUUUCUCAGCACGCCGAGCUCCAUGGAGGAUGAAGGCAAUGAGGAGAGCCAACAGGCUGUAGAGACUGAGGCCAGGUUACAGGAGGCAACUGUGGAAGAGAUGGAGGAAAAAUCACUCCCCGUCACUAAUGGGGCCGUGUCUGCUGUAACUAAUGGACAGACCGUCAGUGAAAACGGUAACAAGAGCGGGACGUACAUAUAUGACCCUGCCCAGAAGAGUUUUACUGCACACCAACCCAAAACUCCCUUUAUCAGAAAGAAGAUUAAAAUUUCCAACAGUACACCAGGAGAGCGGGCAUCUGAGGAGAGAAGGGCGAAAGAUGAGAGCUUAACCUCUGGAGCUGCGGCCUGCACAGAGUCAGCGCAGUCUAAGGGGAAUUCAGAAGAGUGUAUGGAGGUAGAGAACAUUGUUAGUUCAUCAGUUGUGGAUCCAGCCUCCAGAAAUAUGACACAACGACAUCAGAAAUCAGAGGAAGUAUUGCUGGCUGAAAGGCCUUCAAAGGAUGAAAAGAUACGUGUUGAGGUAUCUGUGCCUUCACAGAAGGAACAGCUCUCUGCUUCAGUACUAUCUGCUGCUCUAACACCUACAAGUCAUACUGUGUCAGGAACUGAAGGUAAAAGAGCUGCGAAGCAUGAGAAGGAAGAUGGACGCAAAAAUCCAGAAAAGAAAUUAGAAUUGCAGAAGCAAAGUCCUCACAUCACCUCAACACAGCGACAGUCGCCCCGACCGUCCCUAAGCACAGUGAAGGGGAACAUGUCUAAAACAGAACGUGUUACAGUCAUGGAUGUUGACGAGAAGUCAAACAUUUCUAGGAGUGGAUCUUUAGCCCACAGAGACGUUGAGUCCGUGAACGCACUGUGUGAAAGCAAGACUGCUUUCCUUCAGAGUCCACACCAGCGGGCUGGAGAUCAGCUGUCUGCGAAGGAAACAAGCCCCUGCCAAAAAAAUGUUUCUGUGUCUCAGCCAGCCCCCCUGAAUGAGGUUACACAGGCCCAUACAAAGAUGAACAGGAAUGAUGCACCUGUCAGCCUUGAGCUUCCAUCCAACCAGAUGGACGUGCCUCCGCCACAAAAGACUCCAUUGGAGAGAAAGAAUCCGACGGAUGACAUCCAGACUCCUUCUUUGCACUGCGGUCUUCAAGUAGCAAUUGGCAAAAUGACACAGGACACAUGGGAUCAUUCCAGGGGAUCAAAUGAAAGCCUUACAGUCCUUUUUACAGACCUACAGAAGUCACCCCUCCGAAGCCCCGGUGGUGGUGAGAACUCCCCAGGGUGUAACGUUUCUUCCAACACCCAGCGAAGCCAAGCUGAUACAGCUAUAAAAUGUGUUGAAGGGACAGAAAUACAAGUUGAUGAGAAGGUAAAAGGUAGCGAGACAGGUAAGUUGCUAGUGCAGUGUGACGGCGCGGCCCCAAGUGAGAAAAUAGUUGAGAUGGAGACUGAAAGUGUAACAAGUGAAACAGAAAAGACCAAAGAUGGAGCCGAUAAAGACACCGAUGUUAUCUUUGUGGAUGCAUCGAAUAAAGAAACGGAGAACAAUGAGCAUAAUUUAAAAAUGGCGGAGGAAACUAGUUCAGCAUUACAGAAUUUGAAGUCAUCUAUAUUCGAGCCUGCUCUCCCACUCCUGACAAAAACCCCAGAAAACACAAACGCAUCCGAACUCCAAAUGAAAGACUUGCAGGAAAUUGAAAAACCUGUAACAGAAAUCAUAUCUGUAGCUGAACUUUUGAGAUCACAGUUAAAGGCUCUCGACUCCACACUCGCAAAUUCAGAGACCCCCGCACCGGUCCAUGCUGGCUUUGUACAAGAUCCGACCACAACUGUGACUAAAACAUGUGCGGAGGUUAAAGAGGAUGACAGCCAACCGGAAGUAAAGAAGUUAAUGUCUGAGACCUGUAUUGAUGAUAGUCCUCCCACAAACAUAAAGGAAACCCUCAUGGAGAUUUAUCAGCUGCUAAAUAAAACGGAGGAACUAAAUCAGUCUCCGGGUGUAAUUCCACUCCCUGUUCAGGCUUUACAAAAACCUCUUGCAAUCCCACCAAUCUCUGUUGUAGACACUGGCACCACUAAAGAGACUGCAGGACUUCAUGGCAGUGACGGUGUUAUGGACAUUUUCCAGGAAACUGGAGCGUCAACUCUGGUUCCUCUGAUAGAUUGCCCUGAUGUUCCCCUUUCUGGGAGGGAAAAUGUCAAACACAAUCUUCCUCCUUCGACUUCUAAAGACGAACUGACCAAAAGACUUGUCAGUCCAGAACCUGGGACUCCACUUACAGUGGCACCUAUAAACGCCAGCGGUCAGGAGUCACAUAUUGCUGUUUUGGAUCAUGCUAAAGGUGAACCUGUUCAUGGCAAAGAUGUGGGAGUUAUACAAAGUUCAACCACAGAAUCUAAACUCAACAUCAAAACUGAGAUGGGGAUUACAGAAAUGAAUUCUACAACCCUGGAGCAAUACAAAAUGGAAGAACACAACACAAACAACCGUUCUUUGCAGAGUGUACAAAAGGUUCCCACUAAAAAGGUUCCAGAUCGACAAGAGAAUAAUCUUCAGGUUAUUCAGCAGGACAGCUCAAUGGUUGAAGAAUGUUCAAGGACGGACUCCUUAGGCAAUCCAACUCCUGAGGCUAGUCCAUUGUUAAAGAAAAGAGAGUGUGCUUCUCCUAUUCCUGCUGCAACUCCACAAGAGCUGGCUUCUGGGGCCAGACGCAAAAUCCUCGUACCCAAGGGCAAACCUGAGGAGGCCUCAGGGGCCACAUCACCGGUUGACAACCAAACUCAGAAGAAGGAAGUUCCUUCAGAGAGCAGCAGACUUUCCGUGAGUCCUGUGUCCCUCUCUACGUCUCCAAGCAUGUCACGACGGUCGCCUCUUCUUCAGCCCCCUGGUGAGCAAACAUCUCCUACAGAAAGGCGUUCUCCGCUCUUGAGCAGGAAGAAGACGCCAUCCGAGACUCAAGCGCCAAGUCAGCCGCCCAGUGAGGAGAACCACACCCCGAAAACUGAUGAGAAACCUGCAGAGAAGGACAAGCAUGACCCAUUCAAAGCUCCUCAAGUUAUUCGAAAGAUCAGAGGUGAAACCUUUGCAGACGCCUCCGGACACUUGAAACUGUGGUGCCAGUUCUUCAACGUGCUUAGUGACUCGACAAUCAAAUGGUACAGAAAUGAACAAGGGAUUGCUCAGAUUAAAAGAAGUGCAGGGGAUGAAACUCAGGUCAAUCUUGCCAUCGUUCAGGCAUCAAGCAUAGACUCCGGUGUUUACGGCUGCACAAUCACAAAUGAAUAUGGGACCGACUCGACGGACUGUCUUCUUAGUGCAGAUGUCUUGGCUGGAAUGUCCCUCCGUGAGGACCUUGGUGUUGGUGAAGAAAUCGAAAUGACACCCAUGAUAUUCAGCAAGGGCGUGGCUGAUUCUGGCGUCUGGGGCAAUAAAUUCUUUGGCCGUGUAAUGAUGCAGGAAUCUCAUAUUGGUGAUGGCUGUUCUCAUAAAGUCUGGAGGGCAAAAGUCAUCUAUGGUCUGGAGCCUGUGUUCGAAUCUGGAAACACAUGUAUCAUUAAAGUGCGCAACCCCAUCGCCUAUGGAGGCAAAGCAGAAAGCUGCCUCAUAGACCGGAACCUGGACAUUGUCAAGCAGGAGUCUAAAAUUCAGAACUUGGCUCGUGAAUACUGCAAAAUCUUCUCUGCAGAGGCAAGAGUGAUUGAAAACUUUGGCCCCUCUCUGGAGGUGCUUCCGGUGUACCUGAUGUACCGACCAGCAAACACUGUCCCGUAUGCCACAGUGGAGGCUGAUCUGACAGGAGUCUAUCAGAAAUACUCUGUCCUGGAUCAUACAGGCAGAGUAGACACGAGGUCUGGCUCUGAGGCGGCGCUGAAGUGUUGUGCCCUGCAGCACUGGAUCUUUCAGUGGACCAAUGGCAAUCUGCUAAUCACUCGGCUAGAAGGUGUUGACACCAAGAUCACCAAUGUUGGAAUUUCAGUCAAAUCAACGGGGCAUCAAGGUCUGUCUGUCGAAGGGAAUCCCAAAGUGUUCGAGCAGUUUGUCUCCCAGCACCAGUGUAACUACUUCUGUGGUCUGCUCAGCCUGAGGUCACUAAAGGUCAUGGACUCUUUAUUGACGCCAACGAAGCCCAAAGGCUCCAGGAGCCCGUUACUUCAACGCAAAAUGGCCGCUGGCUCCUCCAGCCCCCAGACCGGCCGGAAAGCUGCCGGCAGCCCCAGACUGCCCAGGAAGACUGAGCCAGAGGGCAGAAAUACUCCCACUAAACAAAAAGCUGCUGAUGCUCCCACAGCUGUGAAGGUGGAGUAGAAUUAUCUCUCAAUAAGACAUGAAAGAUGACAGAUUUUCUCAAUUGAACAGUAUUCUCAUCACAUGCCAUUGAUUGAUGAAGUCCUAAAGCAAAAACGGCUCAAUGUAUCUGCAAAACGCACAGGAGCAAGUUGGAGACAGAAAGAUGUCUGCUCAGAGAAACUCUUCAGAUACCAGGAAAAAAGAUGAAUGAAUUAUGACUUAACUCUUUAAUUUUAACAGCUUCCAUUCCUUGUCAUUAUCACUUAGUGUGGACUGAUGCCGUCACGUGUUGUGGUGUUUACCUUUUGUAUCCUACAUUCAACCGAUCUUAGGGUUGGAACUCAAACUACAGUGUAUUCUAUCAACCCAGGUCACUGUAUUUGUACUAAAUAAAACAUUUUUGAACUGAA